AAUGGGAGCUUUAACGGUCGUUUCUUUGCUUUUGUCGAUGCUGUUGAUCAGCACCGGCAGAGCACAAUACGAACCGACGUGGGAAUCGAUCGACUCCAGACCGCUGCCGGAGUGGUUCGAUCAGGCCAAGUUCGGUAUCUUCAUACACUGGGGGGUCUUCUCCGUCCCGAGCUUCGGCAGCGAGUGGUUCUGGUGGUACUGGCAGAAGCAAAAACUAAAGCCGUAUGUCGACUUCAUGCAGAAGAAUUAUCCUCCAGGCUUCAAGUAUCAAGACUUUGCACCGCAGUUUACCGCUGAGUUCUUUGAUGCCAAAGAGUGGACCGACAUCUUUGCCUCAUCAGGAGCAAAGUACAUCGUCCUGACUACGAAACACCAUGAAGGUUUCACACUAUGGGGCUCAAAAAGCUCCUGGAACUGGAACGCAGUGGAUGUUGGACCCAAGAGAGAUCUGGUGGAUGAAGUGGCGACUGCCCUCCGCGCUAACAGCGACCUGCGUUUAGGAUUGUAUCACUCCCUGUUCGAGUGGUUUAAUCCGCUCUUUGAACAAGACGCUGCCAACCUCUUCUCUACCAACUUCUUUCCUACCAGCAAAACUCUGCCUGAGCUUUACGAGCUCAUCGUCAAGUACAGACCAGACGUGCUGUGGUCUGACGGGGAUGGAGACGCGCCUGACAAGUACUGGAACAGCACUGGUUUCUUAGCCUGGCUCUAUAACGACAGUCCGGUACGAGACACAGUGGUGACAAACGAUCGGUGGGGUUACGGCUCCAUCUGCACCCACGGUGGAUACUACACCUGCGCUGAUCGCUACCAGCCAGGACACCUGCUCAAACACAAAUGGGAAAACUGCAUGACCAUCGACACAAAGUCCUGGGGUUACAGACGCAACGCUCCUCUCAGUGACUACCUCACCAUCGAGCAGCUUGUAGCGACGUUGGUGGAGACGGUGUCGUGUGGGGGAAACCUGCUGAUGAACAUCGGUCCCACGCACGACGGAAGGAUCGCCCCGAUCUUUGAGGAGCGUCUGAGGCAGGUGGGUCAGUGGCUGAAGGUCAACGGCGAGGCCAUCUACAACACCACUGCAUGGCGGGCUCAGAAUGACAGCGUCACUCCCCACGUCUGGUACACCUCCAAACCACAGGAAAACCACGUCUUUGCCAUUUUACUUGAGUGGCCCAAUAAUGGAUCUGUGAUUCUGAGAGAACCUGUGGUUACACAAGGACAGACUCAGGUGGUGCUUCUUGGUCUCGGGUCUCUGCAGUGGGAGCCUGUAAAGCCCAGCGGGCUGCGGGUUCUCCUGCCCCAGCUGCCCUUCAGCCAGAUGCCUUGCCAGUGGGCCUGGACGCUGAGGCUGACAGGUGCCACUUAGAGGGAAACCAGAUCAGUUGAAGAGGAACAGACGGAGCUGCGGACGUUACAAAACGAACCAGUUAUAUAUGUUUGAAUCACUGAACACAAUCCAUGAAUUAAAUCUGAGUUAUGUCUCCUGAAAUGGAAUUUUGAGGAUAGGAAAAAAAAGACUAUGUGCAUUGUGCUGUAUGCAAAUGACCCUCAUACUGUGUGUAUUUUACUUUUAAAAGGAUGGUCUUUUUGAAAUACUCAUACAGGGAAUGAAGAAUAAUCACAUUUUUUGUAUUGGGUAACUUUUAUGAUUAAGGUCUUGUGUUCUUGCUCAGUUGGAGUCUAAACUUUUGGGGCCUAAAAGUCAUUUUUAGGUUCAGAAAAGGUUGAGAGAGCCUUCUGUAGCCGUAUUUGCAUUCACCUACAGUGACAAAUGUGACCUCAGAUGUGAAAAUGUGAUGAAAUAUGUUUCAAUAUAUGACUGUUUUCUUGCACUAUAGUAUUUUUUUUUAAAGCCUUCAACUUUUAUGUGAUUUUUAUGCAGGCUGCACUGAAUAAUGUGGUUCAAGUUUUAUAUGUGAAGGAAUGUUUCAAUAAAAUCAAUGAAUGAAUGAA